UAAAUAGAAACUCCUUUUAAACAUACUGUGGCCCUUUUGAUUCUUCUAGAAACUAUGCUUCUAGCGUCUCCGAUCUCCGCCAGAUCCGCGACUAACGAUCUAAUCCAUGCCAAGCGAUCCUUCCAGCACCAGUGUCGCCCGCGGCAGAGGGCAUCGAUCCAGAACGGAUCGCGUCGGAUUUCCCGGAUUGCUGCUGCUGCUUCCCAUUCGAUCGUGGCAGCGAGCGAUCCACACUUGGAUGCGUGGAAGACGUGGUCAGUGCUGCUGGCAUCGGGCGCAUUUGGCCUCUGGUCCGAGAGAAGCACCAAAUGGGGGAGCGCACUGAGCGGCGCGCUGGUGAGCACUCUCUUCGCGCUCUUGGCCAGCAAUCUGGGCAUCCUUGCCACGGAAUCGUCAGUCUAUGGCACUGUCAAUGCCUUCUUGCUGCCUCUCGCGAUUCCACUGCUGCUCUUCUCGGCGGACAUGAAGCGUGUUCUCACUUCCACUGGUCGCCUCCUCCUCGUCUUCCUCCUUGGCUCAGUGGCAACGAUCAUAGGAACUUUGGUGGCCAUGAAGCUCGUUCCAUUGACAGGCCUGGGCACCGAUGGAUGGAAGAUUGCUGCGGCGCUCAUGAGCAGGCACAUUGGUGGAGCCGUGAACUACGUUGCUGUCUCGGAGGCACUUGGAGCAUCGCCGUCGGUGGUAGCAUCCGGUCUCGCGGCUGACAACUUGAUCUGUGCCGUGUACUUCACGACGCUCUUCGCAUUGGCAUCUUCCAUUGCAGCCGAAGAAAAAACAGAGAGUUCUUCCGCAGCUACUUCUCCCGAAAGCAAGAACGAGAAAGCUGAGAUCAAAGUGCUCGAGGCAUCCUUUGCGCUGGCUAUAUCGGCCGGAGUGUGCUCGGCAGGAGUGUGGUGCUCCAACAUUAUCGGAUAUCGCAGUGGAAGCAUGGCGGUGAUCACAGCCCUGGCCGUGAUCCUGGCAACGAUGUUUCCAUCACGUCUCGGCCCGCUGGUAUCGACUGGCCAAGGCCUCGCUCUCCUCCUCAUGCAGGUUUUCUUCGCGACAGUGGGUGCCAGUGGGAGCAUUCGCUCCGUGCUCGCCACCGCUCCAUCGCUCUUCCUCUUCUGCGUCGUCCAGAUUGGAGUCCAUUUGCUCAUCGUCCUGGGAGUCGGGAAGCUCCUUGGAGUGGAGAAGCGUUUGCUCCUGCUCGCUUCCAACGCCAACGUCGGCGGCCCCACGACCGCCGCUGGAAUGGCCACCGCCAAAGGCUGGACGAGCUUGAUCGUCCCGGGAAUCCUCGCCGGCAUCUUUGGCAUCUCCAUCGCUACCUUCCUCUCCAUCGCGCUGGGCAUCACCCUCCUCCAAAAGCUCUAAAGCUCACUAAGUCGCUGGUCAAACAUGGUCAAGCUUGGAAUAUUCUCCCAAGCUUGGAAUAUUCGCC